AUGAACAGACAAAAUAUUAUUAAAUUUCCUUUAAAUAAAAAGGCAAUACUUGGUGGAAUCUGUGUUGAUACUGGACAAUAUUUAGGACUACCAUUAACUAAUUUAGUCCAUACAUUUAUUGGAGUUGCUGGUGCUAAUAGAGAUGCAGAGCCUUUAUGUAAAUUAUUAGCUUGGACAGAACCUUGUAAUCAAAUAAAUGGUAUUUCUUGUAAUUCUGCAUUUCUGAGAGAUAUCAAUUCAGUAAUUUCGGUAAUUCGUUCAAUAUAUGAUACAAUUGUUGGUAACAUUGCAUGUGACGGACAGUCUGUAAGUUCAAUUAAUGGACAAAAUGAUGAAAUUGUGUUGAAGAAUUACUCUCAUCCAAUGAUAAUUUAUGCAACUCAGGAUAUCAUUUAUAGAAUAGUUCAAGGAUUGAAGAAUUAG